AUGAAAGUGUUUGUGUGUUUUGUUUUGAGUUACAUCGCGUGCGUACACGCUGGCUCGCUGCCAUCCUUCAUCAGACCAUGCUCAAGAUCAGAUCCUAAUCUAAAUGAAUGCGUGGAGAAAGUCAUAUCGGCGGCUGGAGCGAAGUUCACAGAGGGCAUCCCGGAGCUGGGCAUAGCUCCCCUCGACCCUGUGGAGUUGGGCACCGUGGUCGUGGACAACCCAGCCUUGAAGCUCACGUUCACUGAUACAGUGGUCACUGGUUUGAAAGGAUUCAGAAUCAAUACGUACAAAAUCAACCCAGACAAGGGAAAGGCCACCUUGGACUUCACGGCCAAUGUAACGUUGAAGGCUCACUACGAUAUGAACGGGCAAGUUCUCAUCCUGCCCAUCAGGGGUAACGGACAGUCGAAGAUCAAAAUAACGAAUCUCAACAUUGUCGUCAAGUAUGACUUCGAAGAAAAGGACGGACAUUGGAUAGUGCCCAGUUACAAGGACCACUACAAAAUGGACAGAGCUCAGUUCAAGUUCACCAACUUGUUCGGGGGUAACAAGGAGCUUGCACAAACAACAGAAAGGUUCACAAAUGAAAACUGGGAGAUUAUAAUGAGUGAGAUCGCACCGCCCGCCCUCAAGCAGAUUAUUAAAAAAUGCGUCGAUCAAGUGAAGAAGUUCUUCGCCGCAAUCCCCGCUAGAGAACUACUACCCUGA